UAUGGCUGCAAUCCAGUACUGGAUCGCAACCCAUACUUUGAAGAAUGCUGCCCUAAACCCAUGUCCCGCCACCAGGAGCUGCCUGAGCAGUGGGAGUCCCUGAAGAAGCAGUGCGACCUCAUCCGGCAGCACGUGGCGCCUCUCAAGGCCAAUGAAGUUUCGGUCAUUAGGAAGAAAUGCGUCAAGUUCGAAACAAGGCAAAAUAUUUACAGGGAGAAGUUCAGGCAGUAUUCGUUUUUCAACUACGAUUGUGAGAUGCCCUACUGGCGCCUGGAAAAAGUAAACGCGAGAGUAAGGCGGCUGGAGGAGGAGAUGCACCAGCUGCAGGAGUCUGCCAUGCUCUUCGAGGUCGUCAUUCCCGAGUUCAAGCACAUGAAGUCCUGCAGGAAGGAGCUGAGGAUGCUCAAGCAACUCUGGGAUCACAUCUCUCUCGUGCGAGCCUGCAUCAACCACUGGAAGACGACCCCCUGGAGGGAGGUGGACGUAGAGAACAUGGACAUCGAGUGCAAGAAGUUCGCGAAAGACAUCAGAGCUCUCGACAAAGAGAUGCGGGUGUGGGACGCCUACGUGAAUCUGGACUCCACCGUGAAGAACAUGCUGACGUCGCUGAGGGCGGUGGCCGAGCUGCAGAACCCGUCGCUGAGGGAACGCCACUGGGGACAGCUCCUCGUGGCGACAAAGAAGGCGGACAGCACAUCCACGGCGGCAUUCGUGGCGAACUUCGUGGAUAAUCCGGAAACAACCUUAGCGGACUUACUCGAACUCAACCUCCACAUGCACGAGGACGAGGUUAAAAACAUAGUCGACAAGGCAGUCAAGGAAAUGUCCAUGGAGAAGAUUAUCAAGGAACUGGACAUGACCUGGUCAACCAUGGAAUUCCUGGUGGACACGCAUCCUCGCACGGGCGUCGACCUCGUUCGCACUUCGGAGGAGAUGAUCGAGACGCUCGAGGAAAAUCAGGUCCAACUCCAGAAUCUUAUGACAUCGAAGUAUAUUGAACACUUCCUUGAUGAGGUGUCAGCUUGGCAGAACAAACUGUCCAUCGCCGACCAGGUCAUCACUCUCUGGUUCGAGGUCCAGCGCACCUGGAGCCACCUGGAGUCGAUCUUCAUCGGGUCGGACGACAUCAGGCGGCAGCUGCCCGAAGACUCGGCCAGGUUUGACCAGAUCGACAUUGACUUCAAGGAACUGGUGUCAGAAAUGGUGGCGAACCCGCACGUGCUGAACGCCACGAACCGCAAGGGCCUCUACCAGCGGCUGGAGGCGCUGCAGGCGGAAUUGACGCUGUGCGAGAAGACGCUGGCCGAGUACCUGGAGACGAAGCGCUUGGCCUUCCCCAGGUUCUACUUCGUGUCUACUGCCGACCUGCUCGACAUCCUCUCCAACGGCAACCAGCCCGUCAAAGUCACCAAGCACCUCACCAAGUUAUUCGACAGCAUUGCGAUCCUCAAGUUCGCCGAGGGCGAGGACAGCGCCGCUACCACGGCAGUCGGAAUGACGGCCAAAGACGGCGAGUUCGUCCCCUUCUGCAACAGCACCAACUGUGUCGGACCCGUGGAGAAGUGGUUGAUGAGCGUCCUGCAGGUGAUGCGCGCCACCGUGAGGGCGCGGCUCACCGACGCCGUGGCCGCCUACGAGGACCGCCCUCGAGAGCAGUGGGUCGACGACUACCCGGCGCAGGUGGCACUUACAGGCACACAGAUCUACUGGACCGUGGAAGUAACUGCUGCGUUUGCUCGUCUGGAAGAGGGCUACGAGAAUGCCCUUAGAGAUUAUUACCGCAAGCAGGUGCAACAGUUGAACGCGCUCAUCUCCCUUCUGCUGGGGGAGCUGACGCGGCAGCAGCGCCAGAAGAUCAUGACCAUCUGCACCAUCGACGUCCACGCGCGAGACGUGGUCGGGAGGCUCAUCAGCGGCAAGGUGGAGUCGGCGGCGGAGUUCGCGUGGCAGUCGCAGCUGCGCCACAGGUGGGACGAGGAGGAGGCCGACUGCUUCAUGGACAUCUGCGACGCCCGCAUGAAGUACGACCACGAGUACCUGGGCAACACGCCGCGCCUCGUCAUCACGCCGCUCACGGACCGCUGCUACAUCACCCUCACGCAGUCGCUGCACCUGGUGAUGGGCGGCGCUCCCUCGGGGCCUGCGGGAACGGGUAAGACCGAGACGACGAAGGACCUCGGCCGCGCCCUCGGCAUGAUGGUCUACGUCUUCAACUGCUCCGAACAGAUGGACUACAAGUCUUGCGGCAACAUCUACAAGGGCCUGGCGCAGACCGGCGCCUGGGGCUGCUUCGACGAGUUCAACAGGAUCUCCGUGGAAGUUCUCUCUGUCGUGGCUGUCCAGGUGAAGAGUGUACAGCAUCAACCAGACACCGAAUUAGGUGGAUAUCCAGAAAAACAGAUUCAAAGACGAAGGCAAAACCAGAGAAGAGGACACACCACGCUAACCCUCCUCCUUCACAGGCCAUGCGCAAUGGUGGUGCCUGAUCUGGAGCUCAUCUGCGAGAUCAUGCUGGUGGCGGAAGGAUUCAUCGAGGCGAAGGUUCUCGCGCGGAAGUUCAUCACUCUCUACCGCCUUUGCCGCGAGUUGCUCUCUAACCAAAGCCACUACGACUGGGGUCUGAGAGCGAUCAAGAGCUUGCUAGUGGUGGCCGGGUCUCUGAAGCGUGACGACCCUGAACGUCCUGAGGACCAGGUGCUGAUGCGAGCCCUCAGGGACUAUAACGUGCCCAAGAUCGUUUCGGAUGACGUGCCCGUGUUUAUGGGCCUCAUCGGGGACCUCUUCCCCGCCCUGGACGUUCCCCGCAAGAAGGACCUCGACUUCGAGAAGGCCGUCAAACAGGCGGCGGUCGACCUCAAGCUGCAACCGGAGGACAGCUUCAUCCUCAAGGUGGUGCAGCUGAAGGAGCUCCUGGAGGUGCGUCACAGCGUGUUCAUUAUCGGACAGGCGGGCACGGGAAAGACGCAGGUGUGGCGCACGCUCUUCAGGACGACGCAGAACAUGAAGAAGAAGCCCGUGUGCUACGACCUAAACCCGAAGGCCGUGACGACGGACGAGCUCUUCGGCUACAUCAACCCCGCCACCAGGGAGUGGAAGGACGGGCUCUUCUCCAGUCUGAUGCGCGACCAAGCCAACAUGGCUGGCGACGCUCCCAAGUGGAUCAUCCUGGACGGCGACAUCGACCCCAUGUGGAUCGAGUCCCUCAACACGCUCAUGGACGACAACAAGAUCCUGACGCUGGCCAGCAACGAGCGCAUUUCGCUGACGCCGCAGAUGCGCCUCCUGUUCGAGAUCAGCCACCUGCGCACGGCCACCCCGGCCACCGUGUCGCGCGCCGGCAUCAUCUACCUGAACCAGGGCGACCUGGGCUGGAACCCUUACGUCACCAGCUGGAUCGACAGCCGCGAGGUCCAGAGCGAGAAGGCCAACCUCAUGGUCCUGUUCGACAAGUACAUCCCGACUUGCCUGGAGAUCAUGCGAGUCCGCUUCAAGAGGAUCACGCCUAUGCCCGAGAUCACGCACCUCAUGAUGCUGUGUCAGCUCCUGGACUGCCUCUUGACGCCGGAGAGUGUGGCUCCUGACAGCCCGAAGGAGGUCUACGAGCUGUACUUCGUGUUCGCCGCCGUGUGGGCCUUCGGGUCGGCGCUCUACCAGGACGGAAACAUCGACUAUCGCGUUGAGUUCAGCAAGUGGUUCCAGCUGGAGUUCAAGACGGUCAAGUUCCCGUCUUCAGGCACCGUCUUCGACUACUGCAUCGAGAAGGAAAACCUCCGCUUCACGCCCUGGUCGGAAAAGAUCCCCAAGUUCGAGCUCGACCCCGACACGCCGCUGCAGUCCAUGAUGGUGCACACGAGCGAGACCGUGCGCCUCAAGUUCUUCAUCGACCUCCUGAUGAGCAAGCGCCACCCCGUCAUGCUUGUGGGAACCUCGGGGUGCGGCAAGACGGCGCUGCUCAACGAGAAGCUCAACUCUCUGUCGGAGGAGUAUGCGGUGUGUAACGUGCCUUUCAACUACUACACCACCUCAGAGCUGCUGCAGCGCGUGCUGGAGAGACCCCUGGAGAAGAAGGCCGGGAAGAACUACGCUCCUCCGGGGAACAAGAAACUCGUCUACUUCAUCGACGACAUCAACAUGCCCAUGGUACUUCAGUACGGCACGGUGCAGCCGCACACGCUCAUCCGCCAGCACAUGGACUACGGCCACUGGUACGACCGCACCAAGCACACGCUCAAGGACAUCCACAACGUGCAGUACGUGGCCGCCAUGAAUCCCACGGCAGGCUCCUUCACCAUUAACCCGAGGCUCCAGCGUCACUUCAAUGUCUUCGCUGUCAGCUUUCCCUGCAUGGAGAGUCUUAACCUAAUAUAUUCAUCGCUUCUGGAUCAACACCUGAAGAGCGCUUCUAUGAAGUUUAACCCAACUCUCACUCGGAUGACGGAGCCCAUGGUACAGGCCGCACUCCAACUACAUCAGAAAGUCACCGCUACUUUCAUGCCAACAGCUACCAAGUUCCAUUACAUCUUUAACCUACGGGAUCUUACCAACAUCUUCCAGGGCCUCCUGUUCUGCACGGGCGAGACGGUGAAGGCGCCCAUCGAGCUCCUCCGCUGCUGGCUGCACGAGACCCAGCGCGUGUACGGCGACCGCCUCCUGGAGGAAAAGGACCUGGAGAUGCUGACCAAACUCCAGGUUGAUGUUACUAAGAAGAUUUUCGAGGAGCUGGACGAGGCGGAGGUCAUGGCCAAGCCCAACGUCUUCUGCCACUUCGCCCGCGGCAUCGGGGAGCCUCGUUACCUCCCCAUCAAGUCGUGGGACGACCUGAGUGCCAUCCUGCAGGACGCCCUCACGACCUACAACGAGCUGAACGCUGCCAUGAACCUCGUGCUCUUCGAAGACGCCAUGGCGCACGUGUGUCGAAUCAACCGCAUCCUGGAAUGCCCCCGUGGGAACGCCCUCCUGGUGGGGGUGGGGGGAUCAGGCAAGCAGUCCCUCGCCCGCCUCGCCGCCUUCAUCUCCGGGCUCGAGGUGUUCCAGAUCACCCUCACCAAGGACUACAGCAUCCAGGAGCUCAGAAGCGACCUCGCUAACCUAUACGUGCGUGCCGGACUGAAGAACCUGGGCACGGUGUUCCUCAUGACCGACGCCCAUGUCCCCGACGAGAAGUUCCUCGUGCUGAUCAACGACCUCUUGGCCUCGGGGGAGAUCCCUGACCUCUUCCCCGAGGACGAAGUGGAAAACAUCGUGUCUUCAGUGAGGAACGAGGUCAAGAGCACAGGUCAGCAGGACACGCGCGACAACUGCUGGAGGUUCUUCAUCGACCGAGUGAGGAAGAACCUGAAGAUGGUCCUGUGCUUCUCGCCCGUCGGCUCCGCUCUCAGAGUGCGAGCUCGACAGUUCCCCGCCAUCAUCAGCUGCACGACCAUUGACUGGUUCCACGAAUGGCCGCAAGAGGCGCUGGUGUCCGUCUCGGAAACAUUCCUCGGAACUCUCGAAUAUCUUCCUGAAUCCCUGCGAGGCUCCGUGUCCAAGUUCAUGGCGCACGUCCACACGUCCGUGAACGACAUGAGCCGACUCUACCUGACCAACGACCGCCGCUACAACUACACGACGCCCAAGACCUUCCUGGGCUUCAUCUCGCUCUACACGAAGCUCCUCUCGGCCAAGCACCAGGAACUCCAAGCCAAGAUCGAGAGGCUGCAGAACGGCCUGCAGAAGCUCAGGACGACCUCCACACAGGUGGACGAGCUCAAGGCCAAGCUCGCCGUCCAGGAGGUGGAACUCCAGAAGAAGAACGACGAAGCCGAUAAGUUGAUCCGCAUCGUGGAAGCCGAGACAGCAAAGGUGUCGAAAGAAAACGAAAUCGCCAAUGAAGAGAAGCGGAAGGUCGCCAUCAUCGAGGCCGAAGUGGCCAAGCGACGGAAGGAGUGCGAGGAGGACCUGGUCAAGGCAGAACCUGCACUCGUCGCGGCAAAGGAAGCGCUCAACACGCUUAACAAGGCAAAUCUCACGGAGCUGAAGUCCUUCGGAUCGCCUCCGUCGGGCGUGGACAGGGUGACGGCAGCCGUGAUGGUGCUGCUGGCCCCCAAUGGUAAAAUUCCAAAGGACAGGUCUUGGAAAGCAGCCAAGGUGAUGAUGGCGAAGGUGGACCAGUUCUUGGACCAGCUCAUUAACUACGACAAGGAAAACAUUCAUCCAGAUAUCAUCAAGAACAUUACACCUUAUCUUGAGGACAAUGAAUUCAACCCAGACUUCAUCCGUUCUAAGUCUGUUGCUGCUGCAGGCCUGUGCUCGUGGGUCAUCAACAUCAUCAGUUACUACGAGGUUUACUGCGACGUGGAGCCCAAGCGCCGCGCCCUGGAGGACGCCAACAACGAGCUGGCUGCGGCCCAGAGUCGCCUCACCGCCAUUAUCUCCAAGAUCAAGAGCUUGGAGGAACAGUUGGCGCGACUUCAGGCAGAGUUCGACAAAGCGACGGCCGAGAAAAUGAGGUGCGAGAAGGAAGCGAACAGCACCGCCCACACCAUCGCCCUCGCCAACCGCCUGGUCGGAGGGCUGUCCUCGGAGAAGAUCCGCUGGGCUGAAGCCGUGGCGCAGAUGCACAUUUCGGAGAAGACCUUGCCCGGGGACAUCCUGCUGGUGGCUGCCUUCAUCUCCUACGUCGGUUGCUUCACGAAGCACUACAGACGCGACCUCAUGGACAAGCUAUGGCUUCCUCUCCUACAGAAACUCAACCCCGUGAUCCCCAUCACGCACAACCUGGACCCGAUCAAGCUCCUGACGGACGACGCGACGAUCGCCGGCUGGAACAACGAGGGCCUCCCGUCCGACCGCAUGUCCACCGAGAACGCCAUCAUCCUCACCAACUCCGAUCGAUGGCCACUCAUUAUCGACCCGCAGCUCCAGGGCAUCAAGUGGAUCAAGGCGAGGUACGGCGAACAGCUGAUCGUGGUGCGCCUCGACCAGAAGAACUCCAUCGACGUCCUGGAGGCCGCCAUCACCCGGGGCGAGACCGUCCUCAUCGAGAACCUCCCGGAGAGCCUCGACCCCGUGCUCGACCCGCUUAUCGGGAAGAACCUCAUCAAGCGCGGAAGGGCACUUAAAAUCGGCGACCGGGAAAUCGAAUACAACGACACAUUCCAGCUGAUCCUCCAUACCAAGCUGGCCAACCCGCACUACAAGCCCGAACUGCAGGCGCAGUGCACCUUGAUCAACUUCACGGUGACGCGCGACGGGCUCGAGGACCAGCUGCUGGCGGAGGUCGUGAAGGCCGAGAGGCCAGACCUGGAGGAGCUCAAGUAUAACUUGACAAAGCAACAGAACGACUUCAAGAUUCAGCUGAAGCACCUGGAGGAUGACCUGCUGAGCCGCCUGUCGUCCGCCGGAGGAAACUUCUUGGGAGACACGGCCUUGGUGGAGAAUCUGGAGCACACGAAGGCCACGGCCCAGGAGAUUCAGGAGAAGGUCGCCGAAGCCCGCAACACAAGCGCGCAGAUCGACGAGGCCCGCGAGCUCUACCGCCCCGCCGCCGCCCGAGCCUCCCUCCUCUACUUCAUCCUCAACGACCUCCACAAGAUCAACCCCAUCUACCAGUUCUCUCUUAAGGCGUUCCGAGUGGUGUUCCAGCAGGCCAUCGAGCGCUCGGAGGCGAACGACGAGGUGCGGCUGCGCGUGAACGCCCUCAUCGACACCAUCACAUACAGUGUGUUCCUCUACACCACCAGAGGACUCUUCGAGAAGGACAAGCUCAUCUUCGCCGCCCAGAUGACCUUCCAAGUCCUUGCCUCCCAGGGCGAGGUGGGCGCCAUCGAGCUGGACCUUCUGCUUCGCUUCCCGAUUCAGCCGAACGUGGUGUCGCCCAUCGACUUCAUCACCAACAACAACUGGGGCGCGAUUCGCUCCCUCUCGCAGGUCGACGAAUUCAGGAACCUGGACCGCGACCUGGAGAACAGCGUGAAGCGGUGGCGCAUGUACUGCGAGUGCGAGGCGCCCGAGAAGGAGAAGCUACCGGGGGAGUGGAAGGGCAAGUCCGACGUGCAGCGGCUGGUCAUCAUGAGGGCGCUGCGUCCUGACCGCAUGACGCACGCCAUGCAGCUGUUCAUCGAGGAGCGGAUGGGGAGGAAGUACGUGGAGGGCGAGAACAUCGACUUCUCGCAGAGCUACGAGGAGAGCGGGCCGUCCACGCCGAUCUUCUUCAUCCUCUCCCCCGGCGUCGACCCUCUCAAGGACGUCGAGCGGCUCGGGCACAGCCUGGGCUACACCUGCGAGAACCGGCGUCUGCACAACGUGUCUCUGGGCCAAGGGCAGGAGAAGGUGGCGGAGGAGGCCAUUCAGAUCGCGGCCAGGGAGGGCCAUUGGGUCAUCCUGCAGAACAUUCAUCUGGUGAGACAAUGGCUUCCGCGACUGGAGAAAAAGCUAGAAAUCCACGCGGACGGAGCUCACCAGGAGUACAGGGUCUUCAUGAGCGCUGAGCCCGCAAGCAAGCCCGAGAACCACAUCCUGCCGCAGGGCAUCCUGGAGUCGGCCAUCAAGAUCACCAACGAGCCGCCUCGGGGCAUGCAAGCCAACCUCCACAAGGCGCUCAACAACUUCACGCAGGACACGCUCGAGAUGUGUUCGAAAGAGGCCGAAUUCAAGUCCCUCUUGUUCUCUCUGUGUUACUUCCACGCAUGCGUCGCGGAAAGGAGAAAGUUCGGGUCGCAGGGAUGGAACAGACCCUAUCCCUUCAACACGGGGGACUUGACCAUCAGCGUGAACGUCCUGUUCAACUACCUGGAGGCGAACUGCAAGGUUCCCUGGGAGGACCUCCGCUACCUCUUCGGGGAAAUCAUGUACGGCGGCCACAUCACUGAUGACUGGGACCGCAGGCUGUGUCGCACAUACCUCGAGGAGUUCCUUCACCCAGACCAGCUGGAUGGAGAGCUGAACCUCGCACCGGGCUUCCCAGCGCCUCCCAACCUGGAUUACUCAGGCUACCACAGCUACAUAGACACGUGUCUCCCCCAAGAAUCGCCCCACCUGUACGGCCUCCACCCCAAUGCCGAGAUCGGAUUCCUCACCAUGACGUCAGAGCACCUCUUCAAGACGGUGUUCGAGCUCCAACCGCGAGACAUGGGGAACACAAGCGGUGUCGUCAUCACAAGGGAGGACAAGGUGAAGCAGACCCUGGAUGAGAUCCUGGAGAAACUGCCCGAGGAGUUCAACAUGUCCGACAUCACAGGCAAGGUGGAGGAGCGGACGCCCUACGUCGUGGUCGCCUUCCAGGAGUGCGAGCGGAUGAACCUCCUCAUCCGCAUCAUCCGGAUGUCUCUCAAGGAGCUAGACUUGGGUUUCAAGGGAGAGCUGAAGAUAACCUCAGCGAUGGAGGACCUGGGUGCAGCGCUGUUCCUCGACCAAGUGCCCGACUCGUGGGCGGCGCGGGCGUAUGCCUCCACCCUCGGGCUCACGUCUUGGUAUGCCGACCUGUUGCUUAGGAUGAAGGAGCUGGAGACUUGGGUCGGCGACUUCCAGGUGCCGCCGUCGGUGUGGCUGGCCGGCUUCUUCAACCCGCAGAGCUUCCUGACGGCCAUCAUGCAGAGCACCGCCCGCAAGUGCGAGCUUCCCCUCGACCAGAUGUGCCUACAGUGUGACGUCACCAAGAAAAAUAAGGAAGACUUUACGUCGCCGCCACGGGAGGGAGCCUACGUCCACGGGCUGUUCCUCGAAGGUGCUUCUUGGGACAACGAUAAUUCUAUACUGAUUGAUUCCCGAUUGAAGGAACUCCAUCCACAAAUGCCAGUCAUAUUCAUCAGG